AAAACACUUAAAACGCUACAACUACCAGUCUUUGUCACACUCAAAGUACUCCUACCUGCUUUGUGUACCUUUACUUUGAACAGACAGGUGGCAGUUAGCUUCUGUGUUUGCUAACUGAGACGAUAGCGCGCCCGUCCGCGUGAACGCGCUCUUUGUGACCCACACGUACGCCCACAGGUGUGCUCAAAUCGGAGAGACAAAAGGACGCACGACAGGUAGAGGUCGAGUUUUACGUUAAUACCGAAAGUAACAGACGUUUCAGAAAUGUUUUACUCAUUUGUUGUUACAGGAAAGCGGUAAGUAUGACAGAUGUAAUCGUUUAUUAGUUUAAUAGUCGGCUAACAACUUUAGGAAAUGCAGGUCGACUUAAUUCAUUGAGCUUGUUUAUAGUAUCAGCGCAUUAAAGCGGGUCAUAGUAUGCCCUUUGACUGUUGAAUAGUUCGUAUGACUGUCGCAGGUGUUUGAAACGUUCAGAGGAGAGUUUAUUUUGAGCUGCAGGUGUGUAAAGCUCUAUGAUAACGUAGACUGAUGGUGUUUUGUAAAGGCUGUAACAGCACCGGAGGGAUGAUAUGACAGCUGCAGCAGAGAGCACAAUCAACAUGGAGGAUUUCUUCAAACAGGUGAACUCAACAGACUUUGUUUGUCAUGAGUCAAGUCAUAUCUUGUAGCAGGUUAUUUACGAACAUCUGUGUGUGUAGGUGGGAGAGGUUAGGAGCCUCAUUGAGAAGAUCUCCCAUCAAGCAGAGGAGGUGGAGAGGAGACAAGGCGCCAUCCUUUCCAAUCCAAACCAAGACAAGAGUAAGUGUCACACAGAGCCAUGUUUUGAGGUAAGUUUGGCGUGCAAUGUUGGAGUUUCUACCCAGGCUCAAAACCAAAUUUCAAAUGGCAGAGAAGCAGCAAUUUGAUGCCUUCACUGUUGUGCUGCUGAUGCCAAAUAUCUAUCUCCUCCUUCAGGGUACACAACCUGGAGAGGAUAAACAGAGCAACAGGAGCAAAACAAAACAAACGCACCUCCUGCCUUUGGCAAACAAACUGGUGCUUGUUUAUAAAGGGGGUGACAUACUGUAUAUUCGGCAUGAUAUCCUUGCACACAUUCACAAGCCCACAGCAGUCCAAUAACCUGAAGGUUGGCGGUUCGAUUCCCCCGUACCCCUAGACACUUAACCCACCUUGAUCCCAGUUAGUGUGUCCUCCACUGGUGUAUGAAUGUGGGUGAUGUUUGGUGGUGGUCGGAGAGACCUUAGGCGCAUACCGUCAGUCUGCCCCAGGGCAGCUGUGACUACUAAGGUAGUUUACCACCACCAGGGUGUGACUGUGUGAGCGAGUGAAUGAUGUAUCCAAUGUAAAGUGCUUUGACGGUCUCUGAUAAAGCGCUAUAUGAAAGCUGAUGCAUUAUUAUCAUUAUUAUUUUUAUUAUUAUUAUUGUUAUCAUGUCUCUACUCUCUGAUAUUGACAUUUUGCAUUUAUGGCCCUUCGCUGGGCUGCAGGCACUCCCCCCUCUAGAAGUUAUUGCCAAGGUUGACCUUGCAUGAUCAAUUUAAUUUAAUGUUAUUUGGCUGAUUUAGCGAUCUCCUAAGGUUAAAUAAUCUAGAGGAUAUUGAUAAAGCUGUAGCCAUUAUAACAUUAACCUUGUGAUACUAAUGAGACACAUACACUGUAGAUAUCUGUGCUGUACAUCUGCUCUAUAAAGUGAAUUUGUUUUGCUGUUCUCAGAAAGCAAAGAAGAACUGAAGCUGCUGAACAAUGAGACCAAGAAGAACGCCAACCUGGUCCGAGCCAAGUUAAAAUGUGAGUACAGAUUUAUUGUGUCUUGAAUUUCAUAAUGUACUUUUGCACCGUUUACACUGAUUCGUUUUGUGCAAAUAAAACAGUGUUUACUGUGCAUGUGUAUGUUAUCACUGUUUGAAAGAGGAAGACACUGCAGUAGCACUGUACUUCCUCUACUUAGCACAGUUCAUAACCUGGGAUUUGACUUGCAAAUGUAUAGAAAAUGAAGGCCGGUGUGAUCACUAAAGCCUGGUGUGUUUGGACACAGAUGACCCGGAGAACUUUCUUUGACUGACUAGCAGCAUUUUAGCUUUAAUGCAUUAGGUUGUGAGUCAAAUCAAAGGUUUACAUUGAUAAUGGGUUUGUUUCUCUCAUGUGUUUCUCCAGCAAUGCAGAAUGACUUUCCUGUAGAUGAGAACUGUACAGGUGCCUCAGUAAUCCAGCGAAUUCACAAUAACCAGGUCUGGACACAUUUAUUUCUUGUCAAGCUUGAUGUAAACGGACGUUUUUCUGAUACUCUGUUUAUUUCAUAGAGGCCUCACUGUUUUCACACCAGCAAAAAUGACUUAUUUAAUUUUAAAGUCUUCGAUAAUCUGAUUUAAACCUCUGCUGACUUCCUUUCACCAGCACGCUCAUCUGACGCGGUGGUUUGCUGACGUCAUAAGGGGAUACCACAAGGCUCAAAUCUGCUUCAGGGAGAAAUGCAAGGCUAAAAUUCAGAGACAGCUGGAGAUCGGUGAGCUGGGGAAAAUAGAACCAAAACAUCAAAUUUUCACUCCUUGCUCUUUGACUUCAUGUUAUUGACCAUGUUCUUCAAAUAUUAGCAGUCGUCAAUUUUUAAGAAGAGGGAGCCCACAACCUCAAUUUCUUCAUCCUCAAGACAGUUUGUGGUGUGGUGUUUUUUUCUCUUUCUAGUAUUUUUGAAGAAUAUGAUGUGAAAAUACAUCAUCUUAGCUUUUUCCCAAUAGAUGAAACAGUUAUAUAAACAGCAUACGUCACUGUUUAUGUCAGAAGAAACAAAGAAGUACAGUGGCAUAAUUACAACAGUUAAUACAUAUAGUAACAUGUUUUCCCAUUCAGCAGCCCACAGUUCCUGUUUGCUGAGCUGAUAGUGAAAUCCAUCAGUACCACAUUUAUUGUUAUCUUAUGAUUUGGAUAGAUAAAUAUUAUUUCUUAUCUGAGUUUGCACACUGAUUAUUUUUGGAUCAAACUUGCUUAAACCGUCAUCUGAAGACCUAAUUCUUGUGUUUUUAUUUCAGUUGAUAAAGUGACGACAGACGAAGAGUUAGAGGAGAUGCUGCACCGUGACAAUCUUAGCAUCUUCAUUUCUGAUGUAAGAGAAACUUUCGUUGACUAAAGACCAUAAGAAUGUUAAAACAAUAAUUAAGUGAAAGAUGAAUAAUUGAUACCCUCUCCCAUCCCAUCUUCAACCACAUGAGCGAAAUUCUUUGUGGCAUUUAGCAGGUUAAAGCAGAGAGGAAAAUGUUGUUUAACAGGCAGAAACCUUGAGCAGAACCAGACUCAUGUUCGACAGUCAUCUGCUGAGACUGAAGAGAGAGAGGUGCAGAAAGAGAGAGAUGGACAGUGGUGCACAUAGCUAAAGCAGCAGGAAAGCAGACAGGUCCACAGCAGCAAAACAUCAGCUGCAGCAGUUAUCCAGAAGAACCCACGGCAUGAGGGAGUUCAGGGAUUCCUAGAAAAUACUGUAUUUGUGAUUCUAAUGGUACAUGAUAAUUCAAAGUUAAUGACACAGACAAAAAGAGAUUAGAGGGAGGGAAAGAUGCUCAAUGUGCCAGCAGCCCCAGCAGUCUAAACCUAAAGCAGCCUAAACCUGAACCCGUUUGUUUGUUUGUUUGUUUGUUUGUAUGUUUGUUUGUUUGUUUGUUUAUUUGUUUGUUUUCUAAAUGGCAAAAACAAAGAUGUCACUAACUUAACACAUAACUUAUUUAUCUUCCCUUUACCCAGGAAAGUAAAACUGUGCUAUUCAUUUUAUGUUUGGUAUUAUGUAAAGACCUGUAGCCUUCUUAAAUUUGGCCUAGUUAGCUAAUGUUAAAAUAAAGUUAUAUUUUGGGUAGGCUCAGACAACAAGGUGUACCCUCCACAGGUACUUUUUGGCUGUUUGACUUCACUGUUCCUGACAAAGGUUGUGUUUAGUUUGUCCGGGUGGUUAUUGGCAUGAUGAAACAACCCAGAGGGACUUUUAUCAGAGCUGCAUGAAAGGAGCAGGAUUAGCAAUGUUUGCCAUUGUCAUUUGACAUGAACAAGUCUGCCAUUAGAAGAUCUUCAUGUUUUACAAGCUCAGAGAAAACUAUGAUUUUUUUUAAAAGAAGGAAGAAAUUAUGCUCAUAGUCUAGACCAGUCAACACAGCUUUCGUAUCAAAAUGUAGGAAGAACAAAGCAAAAAGAGGAAAAACAGUGAAUGCACAAGUUAGUUCUUAUUUCACUUUCCCAUCAGAAGCAGACGAUGAUAACUCCUAGUUUUUCCCUGAACUGAUUUGAUUUAUUCUGAUGAUGUGUGUGACAGUUAUAGAUGUAAUAGCUGCAGUCCUGAAGGUAUCAAACGGUGAGGAAUAAUGAUGAUCAUAAAAAUGAAUAUAAAAGCAUUAUUCAAAGCCUGCUGUGCCUAUUUCAGCCUCUGUUUGAAGCUAAUCUCAGUAAAACCAAAUAACUUUCAUCAGUAUGUUUCAAGUGUAAAGAGCUACACUGUCAAGGUAUUUGAUGAGUCAGAAGGCUGUGUGUUUCAGCAGAUGAUCGCUUAUCUUAGACAUAACCUGCUCUGGAGCACACAAAGGAUCAACCUAAGUCACCCUAAGUAAAUCCCUUUCACAGUAUUAUAAAAACCCUGAGUUGACCCUGAAGUUCCACAUCAAACUGCAAAUCCUUCUUUGUAGCACAAGCUUAAGGCUUCACCGGAUUUCUCCCUACAGUUUAAGUCUGUCUACAUUCCUUUUUCUUUUUCCAGUGAACAUAAAUGCUGCCAGGCUUGUUUCUUUUAAUCCUAGAUAUACUGUAUAAAAUGAAGCUAUAACAGUUUACACAAGUGAGAAAUGCUUAAGACUAUUCAUCUUUGACCCCAAAGGAAUAAAAAGGAUGCAGAUGAUCUAAACCAAGUUUAUUAUUAUUAUUUAUGUGUUUAUUUAUUUAUUUUUUUGCAGAUGAGUAUCAAAGUUAUCAUUUUUUAGGUUUGUUUGUGUUGUUGAUCAGUCAGAUUACUGACUGUAAAGCUAUAAAGAUGAUAAGUUAACAAUCAAUGGGGGGCACUUUGUUUUUAACAGAUCAACUCAAAUGCUCAAAUUUCAAGCCAGGCUCUGAGUGAGAUUGAAUCUCGUCAUCAGGACAUCCUCUGCUUGGAGUCUGGCAUCAAAGAGCUUCACGAGGUAUUUGUUGACACUGCCAUGCUACUGGAGAUCCAGGUGAGACAUCUCUGCCUUAUACAGAAAUGCUACUAACUACAAGUAAUGAGGUGUUCUGAUGAGCUGCCCCAAAAUCUUAACAGCCAUUGAUUUGUUUUUUCUUGAAUCAGGGCGAGCUGAUCAACAACAUUGAGAAGAAUGUGACGAGUGCAGCGGAGUAUGUAGAUGUGUCCAAAGCAGAAACCUACAAAGCUGUCACGUACAAGAAAAACCCAUACAAGAUAGUAUCACUGCCAAACUUCCUCAAACCCUUCAAGAGGCAAGGAAGUACGAAAACUGCAAAUGAUCAAAACACCUCAGAGGUAAACCAUGACUGAGCUCCUGAACCUGUUUGAACACUGACUGCAUCAGACAUCACCAUCAACAUUCAAGACUGUGCCUGAUGGAAAAGACUUGUCAUCUGAUUUAUGAUUCGGAGGCUGUCUGUCACCUCAGAUGUCUUCUUUUUUUCCUGAAGGAUAUUGGGGAAGUUUUUUGUGUAAUAGUGAUGUGUCAAAUAAAAGCCACAAAUCGAGGACAGCCAUGAAUCAAGGCGUACAACCUCAAAUAAUUUUUCUUAUCCGUCACUUCAUGUCCACAGACUUUAAAUCCUGAGACUGUUUGUCGCAUUCCCAAUUUUUAACUAAAUUUUAAAAAGUCUCUGCACUGCUUUCAGACUUCUUAUGGUUUGCUGUUCCUCUUAGUGGCCAAUAGGGGGCAUAAGAACAUCAGAAAAGAGACUUGAAACAAUGCUUGAAGUCUGCAUGAAGUUAUACUGUCAUUUGUGUUGCUGUAUGUUUUGCUAAUGCUGUGUCAUGUAUUGCUACGUCCAACACCAAGAGAGAAAAGUGUGUAAUGUUUUAUGAUAAAAUGAGGCUCCCAAAAUAAACCUGUGUGAUGAUGUACCUUUGAA